AUGCGUCUCAUCCAGUCUGUACGAGCCUUUAGUCGGAAAGCACGCAUGCGUCUCAUCCAGUCUGUACAAGCCUUUAGUCGGAAAGCACGCAUGCGUCUCAUCCAGUCUGUGCGAGCCUUUAGUCGGCAAGCACGCAUGCGUCUCAUCCAGUAUGUACGAGCCUUUAGUCGGAAAGCACGCAUGCGUCUCAUCCAGUCUGUACGAGCCUUUAGCCGGACCGCUCGUACAGAGUAUUCCAAAGAAGAUUUCUGUGCGGACAACAUGUGGACAACGUAUGUGGUUAUUAAAGUUUACUACAUCAGCUACUGCCUUUCUAACAAGAUAUACUCUAACGUCGUCAUACAGACAACGUAUGUGGUUAUUAAAGUUUACUACACCAGCUACUGCCUUUCCAACAAGAUAUACUCUAACGUCGUCCUACAGACAACGUAUGUGGUUAUUAAAGUUUACUACAUCAGCUACUGCCUUUCUAACAAGAUAUACUCUAACGUCGUCCUACAGACAACGUAUGUGGUUAUUAAAGUUUACUACAUCAGCUACUGCCUUUCUAACAAGAUAUACUCUAACGUCGUCAUACAGACAACGUAUGUGGUUAUUAAAGUUUACUACACCAGCUACUGCCUUUCCAACAAGAUAUACUCUAACGUCGUCCUACAGACAACGUAUGUGGUUAUUAAAGUUUACUACAUCAGCUACUGCCUUUCUAACAAGAUAUACUCUAACGUCGUCCUACAGACAACGUAUGUGGUUAUUAAAGUUUACUACAUCAGCUACUGCCUUUCUAACAAGAUAUACUCUAACGUCGUCAUACAGACAACCUACUGCCUUUCUAACAAGAUAUACUCUAACAUCGUCCUACAGACAACGUAUGUGGUUAUUAAAGUUUACUACAUCAGCUACUGCCUUUCUAACAAGAUAUACUCUAACGUCGUCAUACAGACAACGUAUGUGGUUAUUAAAGUUUACUACAUCAGCUACUGCCUUUCUAACAAGAUAUACUCUAACGUCGUCAUACAGACAACGUAUGUGGUUAUUAAAGUUUACUACAUGAGCUACUGCCUUUCUAACAAGAUAUACUCUAACGUCGUCCUACAGACAACGUAUGUGGUUAUUAAAGUUUACUACAUCAGCUACUGCCUUUCUAACAAGAUAUACUCUAACGUCGUCCUACAGACAACGUAUGUGGUUAUUAAAGUUUACUACAUCAGCUACUGCCUUUCUAACAAGAUAUACUCUAACGUCGUCAUACAGACAACGUAUGUGGUUAUUAAAGUUUACUACAUCAGCUACUGCCUUUCUAACAAGAUAUACUCUAACGUCGUCCUACAGACAACGUAUGUGGUUAUUAAAGUUUACUACAUCAGCUACUGCCUUUCUAACAAGAUAUACUCUAACGUCGUCAUACAGACAACGUAUGUGGUUAUUAAAGUUUACUACAUCAGCUACUGCCUUUCCAACAAGAUAUACUCUAACGUCGUCAUACAGACAACCUACUGCCUUUCUAACAAGAUAUACUCUAACAUCGUCCUACAGACAACGUAUGUGGUUAUUAAAGUUUACUACAUCAGCUACUGCCUUUCUAACAAGAUAUACUCUAACGUCGUCCUACAGACAACGUAUGUGGUUAUUAAAGUUUACUACACCAGCUACUGCCUUUCUAACAAGAGAUACUCUAACGUCGUCAUACAGACAACGUAUGUGGUUAUUAAAGUUUACUAUAUCAGCUACUGCCUUUCUAACAAGAGAUACUCUAACGUCGUCAUACAGACAACGUAUGUGGUUAUUAAAGUUUACUAUAUCAGCUACUGCCUUUCUAACAAGAGAUACUCUAACGUCGUCAUACAGACAACGUAUGUGGUUAUUAAAGUUUACUAUAUCAGCUACUGCCUUUCUAACAAGAUAUACUCUAACGUCGUCAUACAGACAACGUAUGUGGUUAUUAAAGUUUACUAUAUCAGCUACUGCCUUUCUAACAAGAGAUACUCUAACGUCGUCCUACAGACAACGUAUGUGGUUAUUAAAGUUUACUACAUCAGCUACUGCCUUUCUAACAAGAUAUACUCUAACGUCAUCCUACAGACAACGUAUGUGGUUAUUAAAGUUUACUACAUCAGCUACUGCCUUUCUAACAAGAUAUACUCUAACGUCAUCAUACAGACAACGUAUGUGGUUAUUAAAGUUUACUACAUCAGCUACUGCCUUUCUAACAAGAUAUACUCUAACGUCGUCAUACAGACAACGUAUGUGGUUAUUAAAGUUUACUACAUCAGCUACUGCCUUUCUAACAAGAUAUACUCUAACGUCGUCAUACAGACAACGUAUGUGGUUAUUAAAGUUUACUACAUCAGCUACUGCCUUUCUAACAAGAUAUACUCUAACGUCGUCCUACAGACAACGUAUGUGGUUAUUAAAGUUUACUACAUCAGCUACUGCCUUUCUAACAAGAUAUACUCUAACGUCGUCAUACAGACAACGUAUAUGGUUAUUAAAGUUUACUACAUCAGCUACUGCCUUUCCAACAAGAUAUACUCUAACGUCGUCAUACAGACAACGUAUGUGGUUAUUAAAGUUUACUACAUCAGCUACUGCCUUUCUAACAAGAUAUACUCUAACGUCGUCCUACAGACAACGUAUGUGGUUUAUUAA